UAAGUUUGAUCGAUAAACAUUGAUAUCAGUUUACUUAUUAUUAGCUGGCCACUAAACAUGAUGAUCAAUCAUUGAUUAUCUUUGAUUUACCUUUAAUUUAAUCAUAUCCUUGUGGUUUAAUCACCCUGAGAUUAUUUGAUUAGGAUCAACCUUCUGGCAGUGAUUAAGUGACAAAACAACAAUAUUAACUUACAUUUGGAAAACUUGGUAACAUUGAGAAUGUUGUUAUUCCCAAAAACAGAAUCAACAAGUGAUUUAGUUGAUCUUCUUCAUUGUUAAUGUGACUUUUUUUUCAUUUGUUUACAAUUAAAAACUAAAUUAACUCUACAAUUAGUCGAUAAUGUCGAAAAUUUUUCAAAAGAUUUCAAAAUUAUCUCUUUCAGAGUUGAUUGAAUUUCUUUCUUUCCUCAGGUUGGACAUUUAUUUUGCUCUUUUCACCCUUGGUUUCAUGUCACCAGGUAUUCCGACCAGUCAGUUUAUCCAAGACAAAUAUUGUAUUAAUCAACUUAAAUUGGAACCAUCGGUUUGUUUAAAUUUGGAAAAAUUAGAUGGACAAUAUGAGACAAUUAAAAACGAUGUUUAUACAUUUUCGACAACAUUUAAAAACUAUCAAUUCUUAAUCGCAACUCCACCGGGAAUUAUCUUGGCCAUUUUCAUGGGCUAUUGGAUGGACACUUAUCCAUCUCAUUUGAAGUACCUUUUGGCCCUCCCAUGUUUCGGUGGCUGUUUAACUGAACUCAUUUCAAUCUACAAUGUGGUUUAUUUUGAAUUAGACAUUUACAAUCUACUCUGGGUAUCACUUCCUAACGGUUUCACCGGUGGUUUUUUCAUUGUCAUGACUGGUUCAUACACUUAUAUUACCCGACGGACUCCGGCCAAAUAUCGAGCUGCAAGAUUUGCUGUUUUUGAAUUGUUCAUGUUUACAUCAAUGACCUUGUCCACGGCUUUGGGUGGUAAGAUUUUGACUCUUCGCCCUUGGAUAAUUGAUCAAUAUCGUAAUUACUUGGCAGUGUUUAUCGUCGCGUUUGCUUGUAAAUUAAUCGCCAUGAUUUGGAUUCUACUUUUACUAAAUGAUGCAGAUAAAGCACUCGAAGAUCCUAAUAGCAGUAAACUCGAUUCCAGUGGUGAUAAGUUUCAAAAGAUUAACAAUAGCAACGAACAGUGUAAAGAAGUAGUAAAGAUGCUACCAAUAAAAGACAACGAGAAUAAUAUUUAUCUCGAUAUCAAUGAAGAACAGACAAUUGAAUUGGAACCAUUGAAAGGUGAAAACAACGUGGUUAAAUCGUUAGAACUCAGUGUGAAAGAAAAACAUGGUAACAUGGAAAAACCCACUGGUUGUUUACCAAUCAUGUUCGAUAUUUUCAAUCCAUCAACUUUCACCACCAUGAUGAAAGUUUGCUGCCGAAAGCGACCAAAUAACGGACGAGCAAUUAUUUGGAAUCUAAUGUUGGCCAUGAACGUGAUGUUAAUUGGGCACAUUGGUGAAGGGACAAUCGGGUUUCCUUUUGCUCAGAAAGUUUAUCAUUGGGAUGCUGCUUAUUACUCUUAUAUUAGUUCAGCAGUUAUGAUGAUUCCAACUCUCAUCAAUUCCAUGUUGCCCAUUAUAUUGAUUCAUAAGUUUCACUUGGCUGACACAACCCUCGCAAUUAUUGGUUCGAUAUCGUUGAUUUUGUCCCUAACAAUUAAAGGUGGAAUCCUUGAGUCUCAUGCUUUUUUCAUCUCAGUUAUCGUUGGAAUUUCUGGUGGCUUAUUACCAAUCGCCAUUCGAUCAAUAAUUUCCCGAAUCAUUGACCAAUCGGAAGCUGGUCAAGUUUACGCUCUUUUAGCUUGUAUUGAAUCAUCCGGUCCAAUGGUCGCAUCAGUCGUUUAUUCAGCUAUUUUCAACUGGACAAUUAAGGAUUUCCCUGGAAUUGUUCAUCAUUUCGCUGCUUUGACCAUGUUCUAUCCUUUCAUUGUAUCUCUUUGGUUGGACUGGACUAAGUCAAAUUGGGAUCCGACAGCAAUUAAGGUCAAGGUAAAUAUCGGGGAAAACAAGGAAAAUGAAUUGGAGACAGUCAAAUCAACUGAACCGGAUAAACUUGAUGUCACUCAUUGCCCUCAAGCAAAACUUUCUAACGAUCAACAAGUUUGAAUGUACCCAAAGAACCGCCAGCGGCUAUUUAAAUUGUUUUUCAAACCAUUUUUAGCUAAUUUUCAAUCGUUGGUCAAGAUUAAGCUCAUGUAACAAAACAAGUAAAAUGCCAAAGUUUAGGCAAAGUUAAUUCUUGUCCACUGUAAAAAUAAUCAAUAGUUUUACUAAUUAAGUUUUUAAGAAAAAUUCUAAUGCAUUGAUCAACUUUAA